AUGAGGAGAAUCCGCUUCUUCCUUCUCCUCUCCUCUGCUCUCCUCCUCCUGUCGAUACCUGCUGCUGCCUCCCCGACGCACCUUGCCGAUGAGCUCAGAUGUCAAGUGACCGGUGAUGAAGGAGGCAGCGAGGGUGGCGGUUCCUACGAUGAGACGCUCUCUACCCAACUGUCUCAACACGAGGACCAUGGGAAAAGGCAGGAGGAGGCAAGGCCAUGGGCCGUGCCAGGAGGCAGGGAGGAGCAGGAGGAGCAGGAGGAGGGUGCGCUGUUCUUCUGGGAUGUACAUGACGGGCAUGCGGUCCAUCCUUGGAGGUUUCACUUGUCGCAUCCCUGGCUGAGGGCGAACAGAGGAGCCUGUCUCAUCUUCACUGUAAACCUGAUCCUCGACGAGUUGAUCCCUGCGGCCUACAAGAGCGAUACCUGCGCAGACAACAACAUGUCGGCUCCCUUCCUCUUCACGGCUGACUGCGGGAACUACUCGGGGGUCCUCGAGAUGCGAGUGGAGAGCACGGGGGAGCUGCUGCUGCGCUCAGACGUCUACCAGGUCCUCGUGCUUGACGGCUCCUGUAGGCCAUGCAGCCCCGUACUCCGCAUCCAGCAAGGGUCUCUGGCGCCGUUUGUGUACACGGGGACGGAGAACAGCCUGCUGUCGCUGGAGGUGUCAUGGCCGUACGGAGGCAACUGCACGAGCUGGGACGAGAGGGCGAGAGGCUACGUGGUGAGGGUGUACGUUGAGGGAGAGGAGGUGGGUUCAGCGGCGCUACGGCGAGACGAGGUGUUGAAAAAGGCGUGUGUGUCAGUGACGAUGCCGGGAGAGCUGGAGGGAGGUCAGGAGGUGACGGUGGAGCUGGAGGAUGCGAGCUCGGCGGUGCUGGCGAGGACAGAGGAGACGGUGAUCUUCCAUCGGAGCGAGGUGAGGAGGGAGCAGGGAGGAUGCGGGGAGAGCGAGCGUGUGCUGUCUAUCUCGUUCUUUGACGGGCGUGUGGGGAACGCGUUUGUUACGCUGGCGAUCGCUCAUGAUGUGGCGCUCAAGUACAACGCGACGUCGAUCCGCCUGCCGGAGCAUCGGAGGUACACUCGCGACUAUGACUGCGGAGUCGUGCAAGAGAACCAGAUGGUGACGAUGCUGGAGGCGCUGGGAGGAUGCAUACGUGUGGAGGGGCAGGGGGGUGGGAGCGGGGGAGGGGAGGGGUGGGUGAGAGACUGCACGAGCCUCGUAGACUGUCAUGCUCACCGCAACGGGCUGGACCAGGCGAUUGAGCUGGACCGAGGAGCGACGUUGCGGUUCUUCCGGAGGGAGGUGUCGAGGGUCCUGAUCCACUUCGACACUUCAGCGAGAGGAGACGAUCUUUGCGUCCACCUGAGGUCAGGCGACGUGUUUGGGCGAGCAUCUUCGCCACAUCUGAUCGGGAAGGGGCAGUGGCAGCCGCCGCUGGCGUUCUACGUCGCAGCCAUCGCGGUGCACCGGAAGCUGUAUCCUCAGUCCCGGGUCGUGCUGGUGUCGCAGCCGUCGUCAGAGCUUCUCAACCCGAGCAUCAAGGUGAUCCAGGAGCUGUUUGCGAGGGUAGAGCUUCAGACGAGGUCGGCCAUGCAGGACCUGUACGAGCUGGUGCAGGCGAGGCACCUGGUGCUGUCUCGCUCGACGUUCUCAUGGACUGCAACCUUCUUCUCUGAGUCCCUCCGGAGCCUGGUGUCUCCCCAGCUGGUGCUGGCCCGGUGGGCUGAGGCCCCUUAUGACCUGGUGGAGUACAGCUUCCCGGGGUACCAGGCCUUGCUGGAGAAGUACGCGGGGUCUGGGAACUGGAGGAGGACGCCGGAGGUGCCCGUGCACGGGCUAGAGCCGAACAUGAAGGAGCAGAUGAUGGUGUAUGCUCCUCAGAGGCUGCGGUGCGAGGAGGUAGUGCGGGUGGAGGGAGCGACUCGAUGCCUGGAGGAGGGGGAGGCAGAGGAGAUCGUGGAGGCACUAGGGAUGUGA